AUGACCUCCGUAAAGUCUGCAUUUGCUGCACUUGCUGCACUCAUCAUCUCUCUAGCACCCGACACGGUGGUUUGUACUCCAGUUAAGCGAUCGCAAGGGCUGGUGAACAAGUUCUCGUCACUUGUCAUAUUCGGUGAUAGUUAUACCGACGAUGGUGUGCAUUCGUACACUCCACCUGUUGCAGCGCAGUCUUCAUCCGAAGCGGAUGGCGGCUGGGCAUGGCCCAGCUAUGUUCAACAAUACUCGGGCGUGAACCUCUACGACUAUGCUGUGUCUGGGGCAGUAUGUGAUUCGAUCACCAUGCAGACAGUAAGAAAUGGAAUCAAGCAAGAUCAAAUGCCUACCUUUCUUUCGGACAAUAGCUUCGUGAACAAGACGACUGGCAAGACGGCGCUCAUCAACCACGCAGAUGAGACGGUAUAUGCCAUCUGGAUCGGCACCAAUGACCUCGGCUAUGACGGGUUUCUCACUGAAGUCCAGCCAAGGGGCAUGCCACUUACAUACUUUACCGACUGUGUUUACACACAGCUGGAUCGGCUUCACGCCAUUGGUGCACGCAAUUUUGUGCUGAUGAAUGUGGUUCCUCUGGAGUUGACGCCCGAGUUUGCGACGCCACAAAAUGGUGGCUUGCCUGUAGGAGAGUAUUGGACGUGGAAGUCUGAUUACGAUGCCAAUAUCACCCAGUCAAGCGAGAAGAUACGCGAAUAUGCUACUAUGGUGAAUGCCGUAUACAAGUAUCAAACUCCUUAUUCGCUGCGGAUCGCCAACAGAUAUCCGGAUAGUAGCUUUGCUAUCUAUGAUCUUCAUUCUUUAAUAACGGACGUCUGGGAAAAUCCUGCAAAUUACUUGAAUGGCACGGUUCCAUACAACGUUACCAGCUCCAUACACCGUUGUGGAUCUCCUUGCGACUCUGAUGCUGUUCGAGACAGUUAUAUGUGGUAUGACGAUUUGCAUCCAUCAGAGCAAACUGAUCGUGUUGUUGCACGGGAGUUCGUGGAAGUUGUCAAGGGGCAGAGUAAGUGGGCAACCUAUUGGCAGAGCUAG